AUGCCUUUUACGAUCGAUACCGUCGCCGUAUUCCUUCGCGGGACCAUCCUCAACCCGGCCCUCGUGGCCGCGGUAGCAGGAGCAGCAACGCUAUCCCUAGACCAAGCCGCCCUCGCCGCGUACAAGAUACCUUUCACUCUCGCCCAACUCCAACUCGCCUCCUGCGUGCUCGCAGCCGCAGGCGCGGCCCUCCGGCUCCACGAGUACCUCACCCGCGGGACCGCCAACAACUGGACGACGGACUCGACAUGGGACUGGUCCAAAGAGAUUGUCGUCGUCACGGGCGCCAGCGGCGCCAUUGGCAUCGGCGCGGGCGUGGUGCGGGAUCUCCUCGCCAGGAACCCGGCGACGACGAUCGUGGUGGUGGACUACGUGCCCAUGGCGUGGCAACCCGCACCCGGGACGGGUACGAAUCUGCACUACUACCAGUGCGACUUGAGCGAUAAAGAAUACAUCCGCUCGCUUUGCCAGCGCAUCCGCGCCGAGGUCGGGGACCCGACGGUGCUGGUCAAUAAUGCCGGGCUGGGACGCGGCGCCACCGUCAUGGAGGGGACGUAUGCCGACGUGGAGCUGACGAUUAACACGAACCUGUUGGCGCCUUUUCUGCUCAUCAAGGAGUUUCUUCCGCACAUGGUGACGGAGAAUCACGGGCACAUUGUGAAUGUGAGCUCGAUGAGUUCCGUCAUGCCGCCUGCGCAGAUUGCGGAUUAUGCGGCGACAAAGGCCGGGUUGGCGGCUCUUCAUGAGAGUCUUCAGCUAGAACUGAAAUACAUCCACAACGCGCCCAAAGUCCGGCUGACGCUGGGUAUCCUGAGCUUCAUCAAGACGGCCAUGUUCAGCGGCGAGACGGGACAGUCUGCCUUUGUCUUCCCGUUGCUCGAGCCGGAUGCCGUUGCGGGGGCGUUUACGGAGGCCUUGUAUAGCGGAUACGGGAGGGUUAUUUACCUGCCGGGUAUCAUGCGGUACAUUGCCAUGUUGUUUGCUAAUGUUUGGGUGGGGAUGUUUGCGAAAUAG